GGACUACUUUGGGAUUGAAUUGAGUACAACAAGUCCCCUCCUGGACAAUAACAACACUCUGAAUCCUGAAAUUGGACGCCUCUUCAUCCUCUCACACGCAUGCAACAUUAUUAUUCUUUCAUAUCAGUUCCGCCCCUUUUUUUGGUUCGUUUCUAUCUCGUCUCGUUUAGAUACUCCGUAUUUCUCCAUCUAUCGAUCAUCAUCUUCUUCAUAAUUCAUAUUCUUUUUUCGGAAAAUUUCUAAUUGAGAGUUGAGCUGAAUUCGAGUUCAGGUUCAGACCUGCUAAUUACGGAGUAUCAUUCAUUGUUUCCGAUCGCGGCGGCGGCAUAAACCUUUUCGGGCUUGUUUGGUUCCACAGAGGCGGUUCCGCCGGUCCUAUAUAUGUACAAUUGUAAUACAGGGCCAGGAUUGGGAAUUGGAAGACCUAGGUUUUCAUCGGAAUAGCCAUGGCUGCUGCAACUGAAAGACAUGCCAUCGGGAGACCCACAAAUCCGAUGGUUACUCCUCUCUUGACGGACCUCUACCAGUUUACCAUGGCCUAUGCUUACUGGAAAGCUGGUAAACACACUGAGCGAGCCGUCUUUGACUUGUAUUUCCGGAAGAAUCCGUUUGGGGGAGAAUACACAAUUUUUGCAGGGUUGGAAGAGUGCAUAAAGCUUAUUGCUAAUUUUAAACUUACAGAGGACGAGAUUGCCUUCCUCAGAGAGUCAUUGCCUGCAACGUGUGAGGAUGGGUUCUUUGAGUACCUACGGAACAUUGACUGUUCAGAUGUUGAAAUAUACGCCAUAUCUGAAGGAUCAGUCGUCUUCCCUAAGGUGCCACUAAUGAGGAUUGAAGGACCAGUUGCUGCGGUUCAACUGUUGGAAACGCCAUUUGUAAAUCUCAUAAAUUAUGCAUCCUUAGUUACCACCAAUGCUGCAAGGCAUCGCUUUGUUGCUGGGAAGGGUAAAUUACUUCUUGAAUUCGGACUCCGACGAGCGCAGGGCCCUGAUGGUGGUAUAGGGGCAUCAAAGUAUUGCUACAUGGGAGGAUUUGAUGCAACUAGUAAUGUUGCUGCUGGAAAGAUAUUUGGGAUUCCGCUUCGUGGGACACAUUCCCAUGCCUUUGUUAGCUCAUUUAUGAGCCCAGACGAGAUUGUCGAGAAAUCCCUUCAUAGGAGUGAUGGUUCUAGCGUCUGUGAUGACUUUGUUAGUCUAGUGCAAGCAUGGUUGAAUAAAUUGAAGUGGUCAAACUUACUGGGUGGAACUUUUGGUGAGACAAAUCAGAGCGAGUUAGCAGCAUUCACAUCGUAUGCACUUGCAUUUCCUGGCUGUUUUUUGGCCCUUGUGGACACGUAUGAUGUUAUUAGAAGUGGCAUUCCGAAUUUUUGUGCUGUUGCUCUUGCACUUAAUGAUUUGGGGUACGAAGCUGUUGGCAUUAGGCUAGACUCUGGAGACCUUGCAUAUCAAUCUUGUGAAGCCAGGAAAUUCUUUUGCGCUAUUGAAAAAGAGUUUGGAGUGUCUGGCUUUGGAAAGAUGAGCAUCACAGCAAGCAAUGACCUCAAUGAAGAAACUCUGGAUGGGCUGAAUAAACAGGGUCAUGAAAUUGAUGCUUAUGGUAUUGGAACUCAUUUGGUCACAUGCUAUGCACAACCAGCUCUAGGUGUUGUCUUCAAGUUGGUUGAAAUAAAUAAUCAGCCUCGAAUUAAGCUUUCCGAAGAUGUAACCAAGGUCUCUAUUCCUUGCAAAAAGCGCUGUUAUAGAUUGUAUGGGAAGGAAGGAUACCCUCUCGUGGACAUAAUGACUGGGGAAAACGAACCCUCUCCUAAGGUAGGUGAACGGAUCCUGUGCCGACAUCCAUUUAGUGAAUCCAAAAGAGCUUAUGUGGUACCUCAGCGUGUAGAGGAACUUUUGAAGUGUUACUGGAGUGGUUCAUCGGGUGAGUUGUGGAUUAAGGCUUUGUUUGGAAGCCGACAGUUGGGCAUUUCUGUGCGUUUCUGAAAAAUGUUGGAUAUAGAAAGAGAGAGUCUCCCGCCCCUAAAGCUUAUCAGAGAACGUUGCGUCGAGCACUUGAGUCAAAUGAGACCCGACCACAUGAGAAGGUUGAACCCAACUCCUUACAAGGUCAGCGUGAGUGCGAACUUGUAUGAUUUCAUUCAUUUCCUGUGGCUCAAUGAAGCGCCGGUUGGAGAGUUGCAGUAGUAUCAAAUGCCAAAGCGCCUCCUGUUGUACGAUUCCUCCAUUCAUUCAUUCAUUCGCUCACGUUAUUCAUUUUAGUUAUACACAUUAGAUUUAGUAAUAAAUUUCCAGUCUCAAAGAAUUAUACAUCCUUUUUGUUUAUGGAAUUAGUGAGAUGCUUUUCACUGUAAUUUUUUUUAAUUUUUUCCCUCAUUUGUUUAUAUUUCAUUGAUUUUGUGUGUUUACUAUGGAGUACCUCGCGGUUUGCUAUGAUUUUAAA